GAAGAGCUCUCUCAGUUAAACGCAUGCCAUAAUGUCGCUGCGAGCUAGCCAGAUAAGCUACCGUUUAUGUAGCGCAGAAGGAAGACGACUGAAAUGGAGCAACCGUUCCUGACGAAAAACGCCGCGCGCCCAGCGACUGCGAUUAAAUGUAUGCGCUUUCACAUCCCCGUUUGUUCACGAUAUGCUGCCAGGCUUCAUCUAAUCAGCUGUCACAGGCUGAGUCAAAGUGACACAAAAACCGCGAGCUGCUGAGCUGCUGGCAUUUAAGGCAGUUCACCAGGACCACCACAGAUGGCUGCCCCCUUUGUUCCAGUCCCAUUCCCGCUGGACCGGACUGGAACAUGCAGAUCCUGGGCCAAGAGGGGGUCUCCCAUACACACUACUUCGACCAUAAACCGUGAGCCCUCACCACCAGAGAGUAUUCCCUGGUUGAGAAGAGUUGGACCAUGGGGUGCUGCAGCUGGGGCUUCCACCCCAGAUGACUCCUGGAGUAGACUGGGAGGAGGUGUGUUGGAUGGGUCAUCCAUGUAUCCAGAGUGUGAAGGAAACCUCUGGGAUAGCUGGGUGGAGAGACCCAUCACACCGACACUGCUGGGCUACGAGAUCCUGGAGGAGAGGGCCAAGUUCACGGUUUAUAAGAUCCUGGUGACAGGGGCUCAAAGAGACAGCUGGGUGAUCUUCAGAAGAUACACUGACUUCUGCAGGCUCAAUGACAAGCUGAAAGAACUGUUUCCCAACUUCAGUCCAGCCCUGCCUCCUAAGCGCUGGUUCAAGGACAACUAUGAUGAGGAGUUUCUAGAGGAGAGGCAGAUCGGGCUGCAGACCUUUCUGCAGAACUUGACGUCACAUAAAGACGUCAUCAGCAGUGAAGCCGUGAGACGCUUUCUAUGUUUGAUUGACCCACCGAGUCCAUUUGACAGUCUGGAGGAAAGUAGGGCUUUUUGUGAGACUCUGGAGGAGACUAACCAUCGUCUUCAGAGGGAGCUCUUGGAAAAUGAGAGAGAAGUUGAGAUGUUGAAGAUGAACCUGGAGAAGAAGGAAAACUACAUCAGCCACCUGUUGAAGAAAGUCAAGUCAACUCUGUAACUGAGGGUGACAAAGAAUGAGACCUUGAAACAGAUUAAACAACCCUGCAGUCCUUCCAUAUUUACUCUGUAUGUUACUGUCAUAAGAACUUGAAGUUUGGUCCUUAGUUCUUCAGUCUUAAUGUGGCAUUAAUCAAUUAGUGGGUGAGAGUUUUAUCAUCAUGAAACCCCCAGAAAACACAAGAAAACGAUAAGAGAAAAUCCACAAUGGCAUAACCUCAGAUUCUGCUCUGAAGCAACUGAAGACGCACAAGCUCAAUACCAACAGUACAGUCAUGGAAAAUAAUGGACUGACUGACUUCUGUUUACUGCAACACAGAGAAGAUUUUGAAUUCCUGUAUCUUCCUUUUAUUUGUGUGUUCAGUGGUGGAAUGUAACGAAGUACAUUUACUCAAGCACUGUAGUUCAGUGCAAAUUGAAAGAAAUUGUACUUGUAAUAAUUGUAAUUGUAAUUGUAUAGUAAUUGUACUAUACAAGUAUUUACAUUUUAUUCAGCUUUAUUCUUCUACUCUUCUUCUACCAUGUAUCUCCAAAUGUGUUGAUUUUGACAUGGAUUUAUCUGAUAAACUGAAGGAUUGAGUGCAGGGUGGGAAAUGUACUGUUCAAAUUCACCAGCAACACAAUAGUCCAUUGUUAUCCUGUGUCUGAAAUCUACCGGCCAUUUUAAUAGUUAAUGAGCAGUUGGCUGGUGGUUGUUGCUUUCCCCGCCGCAGCUUUUCCACAAAGCUGAAAACAGGCAGUUUUCCUAACUCAUGAAAGAAUUUGACUUUUUAGAGAUUCGUGGUUCUCACAGGACAGUGAUGCUACAAACAUAUCAUGUCCUUAUAGAAUAUGAUGCAUUGCUGUAGAUGUACAGCAGUAAAAUGCAACAUGUACGUUAAUGCAGCAGUAAUAUUAGUCUAAAAAUCAAAACAUCAUCUAUCAUCAUAUAUUGUAUGUCUUCUCCUUCCACCACUGUGUGUCUGUACAUGCAUUGUGGUGUGUGUUUGUUCUUGGAUACUAUAAGUAAAUCAGCAAUAAAUACCUCAAGACAUCCACCUUAUGGAAGAGAGGAGGGCUCACAUAUUACAUUUAGGUGAGGCAUUUUCUCGAGCUCUGAAGCUAAAGACAAAUAUGACCAGAAGGUGGCAGUGCAUCAGCAGUUUCCAAAGGAAAAGCCACUGCGCCUGAAUCAAUAGGACGCUGGGAACUUGAUGUUCUGUUCUCAUCACACACAAAGAAUCUCUCCACACGUCGAACACAGAGCUCCUUGCUAAUUUGCCGAGAUGAUGUUUUGCUCUCAAGAGGUGAAUAACGGCGUGUCAGAGCUUCGGUCCCAUCCAAGCGAAACCUCAUUCAUGCAAGCCUCAUUAUCGGACUGAAAAGCCAUUUCAGUUCACUUCAUUCAGCUCCAUUCAUACUGCAACACUGAAUGCAUUUGCACAUCCUUUCCUUUGUAUUGUGGAAUUAAAGCAUUCAGAAAAUAGUGCUCCCA